AUGGCCGCUUUCCAGCCGGCCAGCCUGCGCGACAGGACUGGAGAAUUCUUGGCGAUCGCGGACCGCCUGCAGAAGCGGCAGGGUACCCCUUCGACGUCGAGUGGACAGGAGGGCGCUGCAGGACUGGGGCAUGGGACCACAGUAGGAGCCACCCGCGGCCAAUCCGAAUUCGCACGCCGAGCCUCGGCCAUCGGCUUGGGGAUACAAAAGACGUCAGCCAAGCUGCAGAAAUUGGCCAACCUGGCACGGCGCACAUCAAUGUUCGAUGACCCUGCCCAGGAAAUCGCGGAGUUGUCGGGGAUGAUCAAGACGGACAUCCAGAGGUUGAAUGGGGAAAUAGCAGAGCUGCAGGCUGCAUCCGCUGCACAGGAUGGGGGCACCAACAAGCAGUCUGCUAGGCACUCCAACACAGUUGUGGAUGACCUGAGGCUCCAGCUGAAAGACACCACCAAGGAGUUCCAGGAUGUGCUGAGCCUCAGGACGGACAACCUGAAGGGCCAAGACAGCAGGAGGGAGCUCUUCUCAAGGCCAGCUGGAGGGCAUGAAAAUGGCUUUCUGGAGAGGGAGCCCCUCCUUGGUCGUUCAGCACCAUCAGGCACCAACAAGAGCGCUCACAGCUUGUUUGGGGGACAAGGUGGCAGUGGAGCAAGCAGCGGAGUUGGCAGCUCUGGCUUUGGAAAGAAAUGGAACAAGAAAAUGAAGAUGAUAGGAAGAAAAGAGAAAACAAAAGAAGCAAAGAUGAUCCCACGGAGUGCCUCCAUCUGA